GAGACUUGCAGACUGCAAACCCCCCAAGCUCGCCGCCCCCCCACUGCAAGAGGACCCUUUAGAUAUCAAUAGCCACUCCGCUGUGCCGUGCUCCUUUUUCUUGUACCAAAAAUAAAAAAAGGGCAAAAAGAAAAUAAAAAAAAAUAAACGUCCGACCCUAUUUUUCCUCUCCACUCGAAGUCGGUGCUCUCUUAUUUCCAUUAUUAUUCGUUAUUAUACGGAAUAAUCGUUAAAAAGACGGUUUAUUAUUCGUCAAUCAUACAAGACAAGACAAGACAAGACGUGUGGACGUUCUUUCCACACACACCCCCAUACCCCCAUAUUACCUUUCACUCGACACCCACGUACAACCAUAAUAAAUGUUCACACAGCCUACGCCGCCAUCGCCGGGUCUUUUCCCGCCUCUCACACCUUCCACAACCGCUCCACCGGCAUCUCCCUCGUCUCCAGGUAGAGGCAGCAGGCUACGAGGCUUAAUACAUCUGCAUCUCUUGUCGCGCGACACGUCCAGCCUCGUCCACCACAAUAGGACCGUUCCUCAAGACACAUCCACAUCCACAUCCACAUCUGCACCUCCAAUACAUCCUGCAAUACAUCCUGCUUCCCCCACCACUACAUCUGCUGUUCCUCAUGAGGUCGACUCCGACCCGCUCAAUACAGCAGAUCCAAACGACGAUUCGAGUAGGACCCAUCGCCGCCGCGCCAGUAGAUUUUCCGAGGCUGCUUCCGAGGCUUUGUUAAACUCAAGAUCCGCAUCGAAUCCUCUACUUGAGACCGAGGAGCAUUCGUCAAACGCAAACGCAAACAUGACGCGGACACGGUCAGCAACUACGAGCGACGUCGCUCACGAUGUGUUACCAACCAUACGCUUCUCGGCAUUCUUCGAUACACGAUCAAACCGACCAUCUCUUUCCUUCACCCCGAUUUCGCGUACGUUACCGACAGGCAAGGAAACAAUUAAGGUUGGUAGAUACUCGGAGCGGGAGAACCAUGCCCUCGUGCCUAUCAACACGCCGUCUGCUGCACCUGUGGGUUUUAAGAGCAAGGUAGUAAGCCGUCGUCAUUGUGAAUUCUGGUUCGAGAAGGGGAAAUGGUAUAUCAAAGAUGUUAAAAGUUCUUCUGGGACGUUUCUCAACCACAUUCGUCUGAGUGCUCCUGGUACUGAGUCCAAACCGUUUCCCAUUAAUGAUGGCGACAUAGUUCAGCUAGGAAUAGACUUUAAGGGUGGAGAGGAGAUGAUUUACCGUUGCGUAAAAAUGCGCAUAGAGUUAAACAGGGGCUGGCAAUCAAAACCUAACACCUUCAACAUGGCAACACACAAGCGCUUAAGAGACUUGACGUCACUGUCAGCUUCAUCAGCCCAUGCGCAGGAUUGCUCCAUCUGUCUAAACGCGAUAGCACCCUGCCAAUCGCUCUUUGUGGCGCCUUGUUCUCAUACAUGGCAUUACAAGUGUAUUCGAGAAAUGUUAAAUGGGCCGUCGUGGCCAAUCUUCAUAUGCCCCAACUGUCGGGCCACAGCCGACCUAGACGCCGAAGUAGACGAGCCAUCUGACGAAUGGCAACAGCUGGACUCGGGCAUAGACGAUGCUCAGGAAGAGAAGUCUACUCCUCCAGCUUCUCAACUGAACGGCGAAGCUGCGCCGCUUGCAAUUUCCCAGUCGAACGUCGAAGGUAGCUCACGGCUGUCGUCGGGCGAAGGUGAUGCGGGUGACAUGACAAUGCAGAUGGACGCUGCCGCAGCACAGUCAGUCCUAUUAAGACAUGCCGUGACAGAGCCAGUCCCUAUACCCAAUGCGACACCACGUGUGAAUGGUGGCGAUCGGUCUACGACUAAUCGGACACCAUCACCAAACAGCAACCCCCCGGGGCCCGGCCACGAAGGCCCAAUCACUCCACGCAACGACGCAGGCCCGUGGGUGUUUGAUGGUAACCCAGCGCGAGUAAGCCAAGAAAGUACUCGGCGAGCUGGUAUGAGCAGCCUGGACGCUGCAGCACAAGUUGAAGUGGACAGAUCAUAGAAAAGCCGCCGUCGUCGCCUUUUGUAGAGUCUAGGUUUAUUUGUUGCCUAAAGUGGACACGUCUGCCCUUGAAGACUCGAGUGGGAGAUGAGGAGAAGGGCGUCGUAUAGCAAUGCUGCAGUGCCAUAUGUAUAGUUGAAGAUUGAAACCCGACGAAUACGUCGUAGUCUUCGGCAGCAUACGCCCAUGUCAGUGUUUUGAGAUGGCUACGACAUAGAAUUUUGACCUAUAUUGGAUUCUCAUGGGUCAUGCCGAGU